AUGGCGACCACGGCGACGACGACGACGACCGCGAGGCGCCAGGACGGCCGCAACGGCAACGACCUGCGGCCACUCGCGUCGGAGCAAGGCGCGCUCUUCCGUGCGGACGGAUCUGCGCGCAUGUCGCACGGCAGCAGCACUGUGUUGGCCGCCGUCUACGGCCCUGGACAGGCCCGCAAUUGGCGCAGCGAAAAGAGCGAUCGCGCGACGGUCGACGUGUGUUUCAAGCUCGCGAAGGGCGUGUUGACGUCAAAGGAGAAGGAGUACGAGCAGAUCAUUCGCGAGACGUUUACGCCCGUCGUGCUUACCGAGAGGUUCCCUCGUGCCGUCAUUAGCAUUGUGAGUGUGAUGUUGCACUCGUGCACGGGUGUCGAUGUAUACGUGCCGUGUGCUGCGUCAGCUGGUUUUGCGAUCAACGCAGUGUGUUUGGCCCUGAUUGAUGCAGGAAUCCCAAUGGUAUCGGUCAUUACGGCGUCAUCGUGUGGGAUUGCUGUCGACGGAUGUCUGAACUUGGACCCGUCAUUGGUAGAAGAAGAGGAAGCUGUGGCCUGGGUAACCACUGCGCGGUCCAGCACAAGCGACGGUGUCCUGACGUGCAUCACUAGUGGCUUGUUAUCAGAAGAGCAGUACUUCGCAUGCUCAGAGGCGUGCCAGCGGGCAUCCGAGAGUGUAGCCGCCUUCUUCCGCAUCGUCCAAGAGAAGAAGCACCCCAUCGAGCCCACCAGUCAGUAA